UCGCGGGAGCUGGAGGCGAGUUCUCGUGGGAUCUCGGCGCCGGACCAAGGAGGGAGAUCCAAGCCGGAGACUGCAGCGGCGGCGGGGAGCCAUGGAAAACCUGGAAGAUAAUACAACUGUCUUCUCCACUUUGAGGUCUCUCAACAACUUCAUCUCACAGCGCAUGGAGGGGACAUCUGGCUUGGCCACUUCUGAAUCAUCUCAAAAUACCUUGCAUAUGCAGUAUCAGCAGAGGAUACAGCUGGAGGAACAAGCUGGGCAGAUCCAUUCAAAAUCUCAGCUCCUGCAGGUGGAACGGGAGAAGAUGCAGAUGGAGCUUAGUCACAAACGAGCUCGUAUUGAGCUAGAGAAAGCAGCUAACACGAAUGCCAGGAACUAUGAGCAUGAGGCUGACCGGAACCAAGAGCUUCUCACACGCAUAAAGCAGUAUCAAGAGAGGGAAGUGGAGGCUGAGAAUAAACUAAAGGAACAAAUUGAGAUGAAUAAGUCCUAUAAGAAAAGUAUGGAAACCAUGAGCAAGAAACUGCAGGAGAAGGAGAGCAAAUUAGCUGAAGCUAACGAAACCAUCAGCAUGCUAGAAGGGAGAAUAUCUGAGCUAAAGUGGAGUUUAAUGAAUCAGGAGAUGCAAACAGCAAGCCAGGAGUCUCAGAGAGAGGAGCUGAUGGAACAGCUGGAUGUACAACACAAAAAAUGGCAGGAAGCCAGCCAGCAAGUCCAAACUCUGCAAGCAAACCAGACCCUGAUGGCUGAAUAUGAGCAGAAGAUUAAGGAUCUGGAGCAGAAGCUUUCCCUGCAGGAACAAGAUGCUGCAAUUGUGAAGAACAUGAAAGCAGAGCUGGCCCGAUUCCCAAAGAUGGAGCGAGAGCUGCGCCAGCUCAGGGAGGAAAAUGCCUAUUUCAGGGAAAUGAAAGAAAACAAUGGAUUGCUCAAGGAGGAGGUGGAAGGUCUGCAGAGGAAACUGGAACGCUAUGAGAAAGUUCAGGCCAGCCUAGUGGCUCUUGAAUUGGAGAAUGAGAAACUUCUGGGAAAGUUGAAAAGCUGGGAGAAACUGGACCAGAGCACGGGCCUUAAUAUCAGGACUCCUGAUGAUUUCUCAAAGCAGAUUGUUGCCCUGCAACAGAGGGAGCUUGCACUAAAAGAGCAGAACACUAACAUCACAAACAGUGCCAGGAUAUUAGAGAAGGCUCGACAGCAGCUACAAGAGGAGGUAUUACGAAUCCAGAACCAGUUACUGGACGAGAAGAAGAAACGUGAGCAGCACGAAGCUCUGGUCAGACGCUUGCAGAAACGAGUGCUGCUCCUCACCAAGGAGCGUGAUGGAAUGAGAGCGAUUUUGGAGUCCUACGACAGCGAGCUGACCCCGUCGGAACAUUCACCGCAGCUGAGCCGCCGAAUGCGCGAGGCAGAAGAAAUGGUGCAGAAGGUGCACGCGCACAACACAGAGAUGGAGGCUCAGCUGUCUCAAGUUGUGGAAGAAGUGGGGAACCAGAAGCAAAGAGCAGAUAUGCUGGAGGCAGAGCUGAAGUUCCUGAAAUCUCAAACUUGCACAGCAGAUCAAAGCCUCUUCGUCACCCAGGAGGAACUGAACACUCUCAGGCUGAAGAUCGAAGAGCUGGAAGCUGAGCGAGGCAGACUGGAAGAGGAGAAUAAGUGUUUAGAAAUGAAAUUGGAGAAGCUAACGCUUCAGGGUGACUACGACCCCAGUAAAACCAAAGUCCUUCAUUUCAGUAUGAACCCAGCAAGCCUGGCCAAGCAGCAGCGGAAAGAAGAGCAGCAACAACUCCAGGAGGAGUGUGAGAGGCUGAGGGAGCUUGUCAGGGUGCUGGAAGGAGGAGGCUCCAUCUCUAAUAACCCUGAGGGGGUUGGAAGCUUGCAGUCGCCACAAGAAAUUGCAGAGCUUAAGAAGCAAGUGGAAAGUGCAGAACUGAAAAACCAACGGCUGAAAGAGGUUUUCCAAACCAAGAUCCAGGAGUUUCGCAAGGUGUGCUACACCCUGACUGGGUACCAGAUUGACAUCACUACUGAGAACCAGUACCGGCUCACCUCCAUUUAUGCUGAGCACCAAGGGGAUUGCCUGCUCUUUAAAGCCUCCAGCUCCUCCGGUGGGAAGAUGCAGCUUCUGGAAACUGAAUUCUCUCGCACUGUCCGGGAACUCAUCGACCUCCACCUGCUGCACCAGGACAGCAUCCCCGCCUUCCUCAGCGCUGUAACCCUGGACCUGUUUAGCCGUCAAACCGUGGCAUAAGCUGGUCUGGUCCAGAGCCAUUUAGCCACGUGCCCUUCGCAUGUGGAUCACAAUCAAAUAUGACUGUCCUCCCACCGCAGGGAUUUGUGAGCUAACCAGACCAAACACUUUCAUGUUUUGCCUUCUGUUGCGCCAGGCUCUUCUCAUUUCUGUUGAAGUCCCCUCCCUUACCUUCCCCAAACACUUUUUAUGACAGUUUGAGGAAACAACCAAGGAGUUAUUCUCUGCUUUCUCCUGAGCUGGAGUUCCUCUUUCCACCACCUAUAGCCCAAGGUCCAGAUGCCCUUGACAGCACUGGGUCCAACCCCAAAGACUGUUUUUUUAUGUUGGUUUUAAUAACCCAGUCUGCCUCCUCUAGAGUCCCUGAAAGCUGCCACCUUACCAGAGACAUACUGGUAGACAAAGGCAAGUGUCGCUCCAUCCAGUUUCCCUUUUUCCAGCUGACCCCUCCCCCUUUAUGAACAAGCCCUUUGAUGAAUUCAUCAGCCUUUUAGGUCUCAACAGGAGCUGCUGCAGGGACACAUGGGAGAGUUGGUUUUGGGGAGCUCACAGCUCCUUGAGUCCCAGCUUCUUCUAAGAGGAUCCCACUAACUUGGGUCUCAGCUUCUUUGAGUAUCAAGCACUUCAGAGAGAGAACAGAUGAAUGUGAGCUUUUGGGGAGCUGACAGCUUCCUGCUCCUCACAGUUACAGAUUUACUACCCACUGAUAGAGGUUCGGGACUGGGGGUACUGGAGCCAUGGGUAGCAGAGUCUUCUUAGAUACUGCCCAGUCCUGCUGCUCAGUAGGGAUUGAGAUGAAGAAGACAGCCAAAUGUAAUGGGAUUCAGGACCACAGACUUCCUUAGCUACAGUCCCUCAUUCAUCACAAUUCAACAGAUAAAGUACUAAUGUAAAUUGGUUUCCUAUGAGCCCCAUCCCUGUGCAGAGCUCAAGAAAUGUACUCCCAUGACAACUUUCUUGCUUGGACUCAAGGGUGCCUGGUUAUCUCCAAAAUACAGGAAAAGGAGCAGGCAGUGGAAGGUCUCUUCAAAAUUUACUGCAAUGCUAUUUAGUCCACUGGUACCUGCUUGUGUUGCUGUGUGCAAUCCUUCUUUCCCCAGUGUCCUCACAUUUGCUUUCCUGACUGCUGUGGAUGGAUCAUUUUAUGAAUUUUGAUGUUUUGUACUCCAAUCGGGAUCUGUCACUCGAUUUCCUUUUUAUGAAUAAAGUGUUACCACCCUG